AUGGCCUGGUGGAAAGCCUGGACUGAGCAGGAGGCUGUCUCAGUGAAGGGCAGCCCAUGUUUCAACCCAGACCCUGAGGCAGAUGGACUUUUUGCCAUGAAGGGGAUUGGGACCAAUAAGCAGGCCACCAUCGAUGUGCUCAGAAGGAGAAACGAUGUGCAGUGGCAGCAGAUUGCUGAGUGCUUCAGAGCUCAGUUGGGCAAGGACCUCACUGGGACCCUGACGUCAGAACUUAGUGGCAAAUUCGAGAAGCUCAUGGUGACCCUCGUGUACCCACCAUACAGAUAUGAGGCCAAGGAGUGGCAUGAUGCCAUGAAGGGCUUGGGAACCAAAGAGGGCAUCAUCAUCAAAAUCCUCACCUCAUGGGCCAAGAACCAGCUGCGGGAGAUGAUGCAGGCACACAAAGAGGACCACGGAUCCAGCCUAGAGGAAGAUAUCCAAGCAGAUAGCAGCUGCCUGGAGAGGAGGGUGUGCCUCCUUCAGGGCAGCAGGGAUGAUAUGAGAGGCUUUGUGGAACCAAGACUGGCCCUUCAAGAUGCACAGGCUCUGUAUGCCACGGGUGAGAAGUUUCAUGGGGCUGACAAGAUGAAAUUCAUCACCAUUCUGUACACACGCAGUGCCACAUGCCUGAUGAGAAGCCCUCUCUCCACAGUGUUUGAGGAAUAUGAAAAAAUGACCAGCAAGAAUGAGGAAAGCAUCAAGAGUGAGACACACGGGUCACUAGAGGAGGCCAUGUUUACAGUGGAUGACUUUCUGCUUGCAGUGAAAUGCACCCAAAACCUGCACAGCUACUUCAGAGCAGAACAUCUUUACUACACCAUGAAGGGAGUGGGGAUGCAGGAUGGGACCCUGAUAAGAAACAGAGUUUCAAGGAGAGAGACUGACUUAAAUCUUAUCAAGUGUCAGUUCCAGAAGAUGUACAACAAAGCCCUCAACAGCAUGAUCAUGGUAGACACCAGUGGUAACUACAACAAUGCCCUGCUGAACCCGGUGGGCAAUGACCCCUGA